CAGAUUUUGGUUGAUCGUUGGUCGAGCCAUACGUCACGCGUGCCCGCUCCGAGUUGCGGAAAUUUUCCUUCGCGUCCCAAGCGCGUUCGGGUCGGGAAUGCGUGUGCUUAUGCGUGAUCCAAUCGUCUAGAUUAGUCUUGAAACAGUCGAAUAAUACCAAUUCCAAAGAGAUAAUUAAGAGUGCUGCGCCAUAGACGGCAAAACUCACCGAGUAACCUGCUGAAUCUCAAAGCUGUGAUCAUCCACUGGGAUCGUCGUGCUUACGAAGUUGAACAGGAGCGCGAAUCCAGGCGAGGUUUACUCCAGAUAGGGAGGGUUACGUUUCAUUAUUGCGAGCUCGCGAACGCACUUUCACAGAUUUGUUUAAACAUCAAACUCCAAUAUCUCGAAAUCUGUAUACCAUUCAACACACCGCUUGUGCAAGCUCAGUAUACGAAUUGACAAUAUCUAUAAAUAUAUACCAUACUCCGUGGCGCUAGUCAGCGUUUGACACUCGCAGGAAGGAGAUUGUUGUAAUCCCGCAGUUGAUGCUUGAGUCAAUGUCUAAUGUCGGCGUCGGUACUUCUCGUAUUAUCUACCUCGUGAACCAGCAGAAUGUUCAGAAACAUGCAAUACCAACAAUCAACAAACAUGAACAUGUCAGCACUAAGGGCAAUGAGCCAGUCACAAAUAGAUCCUGUUUCCAAAGCUGUUGUUGAUAAUAUUAUGGGAAAAAUUCCAACUAAAAAACCACAAGUUCGAUGUCAUGACUGCGGUCUUGACUUCACAAGUCAGAUUGUUCUUGAUGCUCACCUUCAGGGAUCUCGCCAUGCUAAACAGCUUCGCUCCAAAAAUAUCAUGGAAACUCUGGAACAGACUAAUAUUGCUUUUAGUAAAGAUGAGGUGACUAAUGGAUUAAAAUGCAACCCUUGCAAUGUAUUGCUCAACUCAAUACAGCAACUUCAGACUCAUUUAAAUGGUAAUCGUCACAAGAAAAAAUUAGCCAAAGGUGACUGGUGCGGCAAGGAAAUUGUUUCAAAAAGUGAUGUCAUCUUGAGCCGAUCAAAUUACGCUCCUCAACCAGUGGCAAAUAGUAAAUUAUUAGCUUGUAAACCAUGCAACAAGUUUUUCAAUUCUCCAUCACAGUUGAAUGUGCAUUUGGCAUCACAGAAACAUUCAGAUAAAAUCAACCAUACCAGUAGUAAAAACACAAAGAAAAAAAGAUAUUUCCCAUAUUGGAAGAAAGAUCAAACAGUUUAUAGUUAUACACAUAAUGCAACUACAGUGCCUGCUACUUCAGGGUUUUCAAACAAUUUUGUGUCUGCUGGCUAUCAACACUAUGGUUAUUAGCAGUACAAUCAGUUUUUCAGGAUUCCAUAAGAUUAAAAAUGACUUUUUGUUGAUCAGAAUGAUAUAUAAAUUACUCCUUACUUAAAAUUCUGUAUAUGUUGAAAUUACAGAAAUGGUGUAAUGAAAAUGUGAUGUUUUGUCAAUAUAUAAGAA